AAUACUAUGCACAUUUUUUAAGUUACGGCACCCAACUGUUUGUGUUCGGAGAAACAUAGGCGUCCCCUUCAAAACAUGAUUAAUUAGUUUUCUGCCCAUCCAAGUAACUAACUGCAUGUCAUCCACCAAUAGCAAUGGCCGAUUCCUCCUUCGAGAUUGAGUCCCAUCGCAGGCCCCGCCACACAUCUCCGGCAAUGUCCCCCGCCUUCUCCUUCUCCAGCUCCCAUACUUCACGUAGAAGCAGACCUACCCGUGUGCCCCCCACCACUCCUUUCACCUCCGACACUGACCAGUCUUGGCAGGCUGACAUCUCCUGGCGGUUUGAACCAACUGCCAAUCAUGGCAACAACCUGGGUGCAGCCUUAACACCCUGGGCUGAACCCAGUCCCAGUCCCUCGCUUGCUGGCAGCGGAGUGUUUCGCCGCUCAGCAAAUGACUACUACCGUUCUCAUACUGGAGGUAGUAGUAACUUCAGCAUCUAUAAAAAUCAGACCUAUGAGCAGCAAUCCAAUAAUUACAGCUUGGGUAGAAUUGAGCUACAAAGCUACGUUGCCAAAAGCAAUCAUCCCAACAUCACAAAGAAAGGUCAUUUGUCCACUAAUGAUGAGCUAAUUAGUGUGUCCGGUGAUGAUGAUGAUUUAGAGAGUGAAUCAAAAAGGAAAGACGAUCAUAAAAUCCAUGAUAUUGGUAGUCAUAAAUUUGGAGAUGAUGGAGUUGAUGAUGAUGAUGAUGAAGACGACGAAGUUGCACCGCCGGAACAGAUUGGGGUUUUUGGUUUGUUUAAAUAUUCAACAAAGCUGGAUAUUUUUCUUGUGUUUAUAGGCAGUUUGGGUGCUUUGAUCAAUGGAGGAUCUCUGCCUUGGUAUUCUUUACUCUUUGGAUUGUUUGUCAACAAAAUUGGUAACGAUAAGAACAAUGAUGACAUGAUGAAGGAUGUCAAAAUGAUAUGUUUAUACAUGGUGGGAUUGUCCGCGUUGGUCGUUAUCGGAGCAUACUUACAAAUUUCUUGCUGGCGACUGGUGGGAGAGCGAUCAGCACAUAGAAUCAGAACCGCGUACCUAAGGUCAGUUUUACGACAGGAUGUCACCUUUUUCGACACAGAAAUUAGCACCAGUGAGAUCAUGCAUGGGAUCUCAAGUGAUGUUGCUCAAAUCCAAGAAGUUAUAGGGGAGAAGAUGGCGCACUUCGUUCAUCACCUGUGUACUUUCAUAUGUGGCUACAUCGUUGGGUUCAAAGAGUCAUGGAAGGUCUCUUUGGUAAUUCUUGCAGUUACUCCGGUAACAAUGUUUUGUGGCAUAGCGUAUAAGGCAGUUUAUGUCGGUUUAGCUACAAAAGAAGUGAACUCUUACAAGAAAGCUGGUGGCAUAGCAGAACAAGCCAUAAGCUCAAUCAGAACUGUUUUUUCUUUUGUAGCAGAAGAGAAAGUAGCCGAUAGAUACGACGCAUUAUUGCAAGAGUCCAUUCCUGUGGGAAAGAAACUUGGUUUUGCAAAGGGUAUUGGAAUUGGCGUAAUAUAUUUGGUUACUUAUUCUACAUGGGCGUUGGCUUUCUGGUAUGGAUCCAUAUUGAUUUCAAAACAUGAGAUAUCUGGUGGUAAAGCCAUAGCUUGCUUCUUUGGAGUCAAUGUUGGUGGCAGGGGUUUGGCGCUAGCAUUAUCAUACUUUGCUCAAUUUGCACAAGGGACUGUAGCAGCUAGCCGAGUAUUUGAAGUUAUAGAGAGAAUCCCGUCCAUCGAUCCUUAUUCUCCUAUGGGGAGAAGGCUCUCGAAUGGACCAGGGAAAGUUGAGUUUAAGAAUGUUUGUUUUUCUUAUCCAUCUCGUCCAACUGUUCCAAUUCUCAACAUGCUCAAUUUGGUGGUUCCUCCUCAAAGAACUUUAGCACUAGUUGGUGCUAGUGGUGCGGGGAAAUCAACUGUUUUUGCUCUUUUAGAGAGGUUCUAUGAUCCUCUUGAGGGUGUUGUAAGGUUAGACGGUCAUGAUAUAAGAACUUUACAAGUGAAAUGGCUAAGAAGUCAAAUGAGCAUGGUGGGUCAAGAGCCUGUUCUCUUUGCAAACACGAUUCUUGAGAACAUUAUGAUGGGAAAAGAGAAUGCUACUAAGAAAGAAGCUAUCACAGCUUGUGUUGCAGCAAAUGCACAUAAAUUCAUAACAAAUUUACCACAAGGUUAUGAUACACAGGUAGGAGAUCGAGGAACCCAACUCUCAGGGGGGCAGAAACAACGCAUUGCCUUAGCUCGAGCCAUGAUCCAAGACCCUAAGAUCCUUUUGUUAGACGAACCCACGAGUGCACUAGACCCCGAGUCAGAGAUUCUUGUCCAACAAGCCAUUGAUAAAAUCUCAAGAGAUAGAACCACCAUGGUCAUUGCUCACAGGCUGGCAACUGUAAGGAAUGCCCACCGGAUCGUUGUAAUGGAACAAGGCUCCGUUAUCGAAAGUGGGACCCAUCAAAAACUUAUGGAAACUAAAGGAGCUUAUUUUUCUCUCAUUAAGCUUGCAUCUGAAGCCGUCACAUCAAAUUCUGAAUCCGAGAAGGGUGAAAUGAAAAGAAGACAAUCCAAACAUGAAACAUCUAGUGCUCAAGAUCUUUUAAAAUCAAACCACGUGUACGAGAUUUCAAGAUCGGAGUACAUGAAAUCGAUUCAAGAAGAAGAACAAGUUGAAACAAACAAAGAAUCCAACCCAAGAUCAUACAUGAUUUCAGAGGUUUGGAAACUACAGAAACCCGAGAGAGGGAUGUUGGUUAUAGGCAUAAUUUUGGGUAUGGUUGCAGGGGCAAUUCUCUCCAUCUUUCCCUUAGUUUUAGGUGAAGGACUCGAAGUCUACUUUAAUCCAGACACCACUACAUUGAAAAGAGAUAUUAGAAACCUUUGUUUGGUUUUGGUUGGACUUGGGGUUGUGAUUAUUCUAGCCAUGACGGGUCAACAAGGGUUUUGUGGUUGGGCCGGUUCUAACCUCACCAAACGGGUUCGCAGCUUACUCUUUCGGUCCAUACUUAAACAAGAGCCAGGGUGGUUCGAUAGCGAUCAAAACUCAACUGGAAUACUUGUUUCAAGGCUAUCAAAUGAUUGUAUAAGUUUUAGAUCAGUCUUAGCAGAUAGAUACUCGGUUCUAUUCAUGGGUUUGAGCUCGGCUGGUGUGGGUCUAGGUGUUUCCUUCUGUCUCCGAUGGCAGUUAGCCAUUUUGGCUACUCUGCUAACCCCCUUUACACUUGGAGCUAGCUACUUUAAUCUGCUAAUCAACAUCGGACCAAAGUUAGAUAAUGCUGCUUAUGAUAAAGCAACUAGAAUCGCUUCGGGUGCGGUUGCAAACAUUCGAACUGUGGCAACUUUCGCAACUCAAGAAAAGAUUGUCAAAUCCUUUGAACAAUCUUUAUCGAACCCAAAAUCAACGGCUGUAAAAAGAUCGCAGAUCACUGGGAUUGCACUAGGGUUUUCUCAAGGUGCAAUGUAUGUAGCCUAUACAACAAUUCUAUUGUUCGGCGCUUACCUUGUAAAACAAGGCCACGCAUCCUUUGGGGACGUUUAUAAGAUCUUCUUGAUUCUUGUUUUGAGCUCGUUUUCGGUUGGUCAACUUGCGGGUCUUGCUCCGGAUACUUCCACAGCUUCAACAGCAAUUCCUGCGGUUUUUGAUAUUAUCAACCGAAUCCAGUUGAUUCGCGGGAAAGGAAGAAAGAUUGAAGGUUCUAAACCGUUUGAUGUCGAGUUCAAGAUGAUUACCUUUUCAUAUCCCUCUAGGCCCAAUGUAAUUGUGUUGAAGGAUUUCAGUUUAAAGGUUAAAGGCGGGACCAUGGUGGCGGUGGUCGGAGGUAGUGGGUCCGGAAAGUCGACAUUGAUAUGGUUGACACAAAGGUUCUAUGAUCCUGUUAAAGGUAAGGUUUUAAUGGGAGGGAUUGACUUGAGGGAGCUUGAUUUGAAAUGGUUGAGAUCUCAAACAGCUUUGGUGGGUCAAGAACCCGCUUUGUUUGCUGGUACCAUUCAAGAAAAUAUAGGAUUUGGAAACCCAAAUGCUUCAUUUGCAGAGAUAGAAGAAGCUGCUAGAGAAGCUUACAUUCAUAAUUUCAUAUGUGGCCUCCCUGAAGGCUAUGCGACUGAGGUAGGACAGAGUGGGGUUCAGCUAUCGGGAGGUCAAAAACAAAGAAUAGCAAUAGCAAGAGCAAUUGUUAAGAGAUCAAAGGUGUUGCUGCUAGAUGAAGCAAGUAGUGCACUGGACUUGGAAUCAGAGAAGAAUGUUCAAGAAGCGUUUAGAAAGAUAACAAAACGCACCACCACCAUCGUGGUAGCUCACCGCCUCUCAACCAUCAGAGAAGCCACUGUCAUAGCAGUGGUCCAAGAUGGGAAGCUGACAGAGUAUGGAAGCCAUGAUAGGCUCAUGACUUCCCAUCAUGAUGGUGUUUAUGCCACCCUUGUUCGUGCUGAAACAGAAGCAAAUGCUUUUGCUUGAGUUGAGUUGAGUCGAGUAAAACGAAGUCCAAACGCCUUCAGGUUACAUGAACCAUUGCCCAACAUCUGGUUUCUUGGUACUGGGAACGACACCCUUCUUUUUCCUUUCGUGUAUAAUGAUCGAGUUUGUUGGCAUAAAGUUAGUACUUACUUUUCAAGCUUUUAUUCAUCAACAAUUCAUCUGUUAUAUUUGUUCACCAACUAGAAUAUCAAAUUUUGGUCCAUAUGGAUGGUUUGCAUGA